AUGUCUUCCGCACCCACCUUCUAUUCUUUCCCGGACCUACCGUCAAAGAGCGAAGCUGGACCUUCAAAGCUCGCUACUCCUCCGGUACCAAGCUUCGGAUCAUUCCCCGAGCUUGAGAAACCGAAGAAGGUAAGAAGAAGAUCAAGGUCAUACUCCGACUCAGACGACGGAAAACGCAGCAAAAGAACAGAACGAGAAUCUGACAACAGGCGGAGGAGUGAUAAGAAUAGGGAAGAUGACCGGAGAGGAGAAAGAGACAAGUCUGGUCGUCGAAGAGGGGUCAAAGAGAAAGAUGAUGGAAGGGAAACUAGGCGGGACCAAAAUAGACAUCGUUCAAGGAGCCGUGAAACAGAUAGCAAUCAACACAGACACCGAGAUAGGUCGAAGGAUAGGCAAAAGGAAAGAACAAGAGACCGCUCAGCUGAAAGAAGGUAUAAGGAAGAUCGUCGGAAGCGAGAAAGAGAUCAAGCUCAAGCGUUGAUUCGCGGCGAAUCCAAAUCCCUUGAUAUCGUAUCCAAGAAGCAUAAGGAGGAAAAAUGGUCUAAUGGAGAAGAUGGUACUCCAUGGUACGAAAGUAUGGGUAAAGUCCAGGUUGAACAAGUGGAUUCGAUACAGGCUCCUUCAAGAGAAUUUUUCCCUGACACAACUGGCGAUAGAGAUAUCGUGCGAUAUGGGAACACAUCUUCUACUAGUGUCCCGAGAUAUUAUAGGGAUGGCAAGAAUCGCAUUUUGGGAUUGAAUGAGGGACUUCGGAUAGUCUACUCCCGUGAAAGAACUCAGAAAGGCCUGGAGAUAGCUCCAAUGGGUAGACCAUAUAUCCCUCGAUACAAUUCACGACAAACAGAAUCUACAGCUUCAAUGCAUCUACGUCGUAUCCUUCUUCUACCUUCUGAUACUCAAGCCCCCUUCAAUCCCCACUUAGACUAUCUGGACUUCGAGCUGCGACCUACGCGAAGAGAGGAGGAUAUACCUUCGUAUCGAAGUAUUACUCAUCCUCAUGAAGAAGAUGAUGAUGAGAUGGAAUCUAUAAAAGCUGCUAUCGGAUCAUAUUCUACUCUAGAAGAAGAAGUCCGAAAAGAGACGAUCCAAACUGAACACUACCUUCGUUCUCAUCCUGACGAUAUUGAUAAAUGGGUAUCAUAUUCACAACUACAUCUGAGAACUUCACCUGAAUCUGAAACGAGUAUACAUUCCGCCGAUCCUGGUAGAUUACAAACUACAAGAGCAAAAGCAGAAGUGACAUUAUCAAUCCUGUCAAGAGCUUUAGAUGCUGAGGAAGAUAACUUCACCUCGACAAAAUUACACCUAGCUUAUCUCAAAGCAGCAGAACAGUUUUGGCCAAAUGAGAAAGUCACGAACAGAUGGAAGAACGUUCUUCGUGAAUUGGGUGAAAAAGGUAAAGAUGAAGAAGGGAUGAUGGAAGUUUGGCUCGGAUAUAUCGCUUGGCGAGAAGGUCAGGGAUUUGGAAGUGGUGCUGGAGUGGAUGAAGUGGUGGAAGUCUACGAAGAAUGUAUAGGAAGACUAAAAGACAGUAGGGGAAGUGGCGAUCUACAAGCGAAAGAAGAGAAUCUUGUCUACCUUUUCUUGAGGGCAUGUAUAUUCCUUAAACAAGCAGGUUAUUCCGAAAGAGCUCUAGCGUCAUUUCAAGCUCUUAUUGAGAUAACAUUCUUCAAAACCGAUCAUUUACGCGUUUCAUCGAAUGGUCCGACCAAUCUUACAUGGUUCGCAGCCGUAUUAGAUCAAUUCGAGCAAUUUUGGGAUACAGAAUGCCCACGCGUAGGCGAAGUAGGAUCCAAAGGAUGGCGACAUACCUCACCGUCCCCCAUCUCACUUCCAGCCAGAGAAGCAAAACCGUUGCAACAUGAAUCCGAGGAUCCAUUUGAAAUGUGGUUAGAGGCUGAGAAACACGCAGACUCGACCUACUCGCUUCCUGGUCGUGCGACAGAUCUCAACGAGGACAUAGAGGAUGAUCCGUAUCAUACCGUUCUCUUUUCUGAUAUUCGCUCAUUGCUAUUCCCGGUCACUUCACCCGAAGUACGCUUACAGCUCAUCUACGCAUUCCUAACUUUCCUUGGAUUACCAUUCACUCCUCCGAACGUACCUUCAUCAUCUCCAGCAUCGAAUGAUCCUCACUUAAAUUGGACUUUAACUCACAACGAAGGUGCGAGAAACGCAUUUUGGCCUUUACGCCAAGGAGUGAAAAGAAUGCCUUGGCAGACUGUAGGAGGAGAGCCGAUGGAUCCAGAAAGAACGAGAGGACUGGAUAAUCCAUUUCAAGGUCCUGUCAAAUGCUGGUUACAGGACAGGGGAUCUAUGUUGGGUAGAAAGGGGAGCUGGUUCAGGGACUUGGAUCCAGUCGAUAUAGGAUCUUUGGAUAUCGAUUUCAUAAGGAGCGUAUUUGGCAUUUUACGCCCACUGGUACCAGAUCCAGCCUUCACACUUGCUUCGUUCGCUUUUGAAUCUGCAGUGUCUCCGAAAGGAGCUGUCAAACUAGCAAAAUCGAUUCUUGCUUCCGACCGCGAUAAUCUGCUCUUAUGGGAUGGGUACGCUCGCUUAGAACGACAAAGGGGAAACAUGUCAGCGGCAAGAACAGUAUACGUCACCGCCCUGCAAGCUGCUAUUACUGUUCGAUCGGAUGAUAGUGCAUCCGAGGAUGAGCUGGAUUUAUGGGCUGGGUGCGCUGAGAUGGAGUUUGAGAACGGAGAAGAAGCCAGAGCUCUGGAAGUGAUAGUACUCGCUGCUGGGAUUGGCCAGGACAGGUUGGCUGAUUAUGCCAGAUCCGAGAGACCACCUAUCUCGCCAUCACCGAUAGCUAUGCUGAAAGCAAAACAAUACUACUCUAAUCAGUCACGACGGCUAUCAACAAGUCAAGUGCUCUUGAAAUCCAUCUUCGUUUACCUUACAGAUGGAAUCGAAGUCGUUCAGUCUUUCCUGCUCAAUCAGCUUACAGACCAACCUCCUUCAAGUGGAGAAGCAGAAGAGAUUCUACAGUUGCUGGCAAAACUGCUCCAUCUUCAUUCCACUCGACAUGCAUCUCCAGCAUCCCUGUCACGAGAUACACUCGAACUUGCUCUUUCAGCUUUCCCCAGCAAUACCUCUUUUCUAUCGCUGUAUCUGUAUGGGGAAUUAGGUGGAAGAGUGUAUGGUAGAGUGCAGCGACUCAUCGCCGAGAUUACGUGUGGGAAAGAGCGAUUUGGAGGUCUAGUCACCCAUCUCUGGUCAAUUUGGGCAGAAGGUGUAUCUUCUCAUAGGACAUUCUGGGAUGAAGGUGGUGGAGGUGCAGAAAGAGUCAGAUUGGCCUUGGAUAGGGCUAUCAACUCAGCUACGGGAAGAUACUCAGCUGCCAUCUGGAUGCUAUAUGUGGAAUUUGAAACUCUUAUGAGGAAGUAUCAAACUGCCAAACAGCUAUGCUAUAGGGCUGUAGCCUCUUUGGGAGGAUGUAAACCACUAUACCUCCUCCCGUUUUCUUCAACCCUGCGACAACAUUUUACUCCUCGGGAACUGAAAGAUUGGUCAGAACUCAUGAUCGAACGUGGUAUACGAAUACGCAUACCAUUCGAAAAUUACUUCGAUACGAUGGGAGAAGAAGGUGCAUUGAUGAAAUUGCCGGAAGAUGAAGACCUGCAAGAGGACGAAUUAGAUUUCCUGACACAAAGGGAAGUUGCCAAACCUUAUUGA